CUCACUUUGUUUAGCUACUCCAUUGGCAGCUUAAAGCUCUAAAAUUUAGAGAUUUAUUAAUAUGGCUACCUUUAUGAAAUUAUUUGUUAUACUCUCCAUUUUUUCUCUCUUAGCUUGUUCUACAAAUGCACAACUUGUUAAUAACUUCUAUGGUACAACCUGCCCUAGCCUUCAAACCAUUGUGCGCAAUAAAAUGACUAGUGCUAUCAAAACAGAACCUCGGAUCGGGGCUUCUAUACUUCGCUUGUUCUUCCAUGAUUGCUUUGUUAAUGGAUGUGAUGGAUCAAUCUUAUUGGAUGACACUGCCACCUUUACCGGUGAGAAAAAUGCCGCACCUAACAAAAAUUCAGCUAGGGGUUUCGAAGUGAUUGACACCAUUAAAACCAGUGUUGAAGCUUCUUGCAAUGCCACUGUAUCUUGUGCUGAUAUUCUAGCACUUGCAGCAAGAGAUGGAGUAUUUCUGCUUGGAGGACCAACAUGGGUAGUACCACUUGGAAGAAGAGAUGCAAGAACAGCAAGCCAAAGUGCAGCAAAUAGUCAAAUCCCUUCACCAUUUUCUGACCUUUCCACUCUCACUACAAUGUUUUCAGCCAAGGGUCUAACUGCAAGUGACCUCACAGUACUUUCUGGUGCACACACCAUAGGCCAAGGAGAGUGCCAAUUUUUCAGAAAUCGCAUAUACAAUGAAACCAACAUUGACACAAACUUUGCAACCUUAAGGAAAUCAAAUUGUCCUCUUUCUGGUGGUGACACCAAUUUAGCACCACUUGAUACUCUCACUCCAACAAGUUUUGAUAACAAUUACUAUAAAAACCUUGUUGCAAGCAAAGGUCUUUUCCAUUCUGAUCAAGCUCUUUUCAAUAAUGGGUCUCAAGAUAAUUUGGUUAGGAGUUAUAGUACCAAUGGUGCUACUUUUUCUAGAGACUUUGCCGUUGCUAUGGUGAAACUGAGUAAAAUUAGUCCUCUAACUGGGACUAAUGGGGAGAUUAGAAAGAAUUGCAGGCUUGUGAAUUGAUCUUGAAUUGGAGGGCUUAUAAGCAAUUAAAUAAAGAUUUUUGUGGGAUUGAUUAAUUACAAGGUCUAAGUCAUAAAGGUUGACUAGAUCUUGGACACAUUGGCAAUUGUAGUAUUGUUGUUACUUUUUCAUUUUUGAUAAUUUGAAUGUUUGUAGUUCCACAAAUACAUGAAAGUUGUUAUAUGUAUGUUAUUUGUUUUGCUUUAAGUAAUGAACGGAUCAAAGUAAUUUUAUGUUGGA